GAAGGGCUAACGCUCGAAACGUCUGCUUUGAAUUUCUUAACGGUGGCCAAUUACGUAAUCAACUCAGUUGAUAAUACCAAACUGCCUUGAACUAGAAGCCCUUAUUUUAGAGGCACAGCAUCUGCCAAAGACUUCUGAGACCAAGUUCGUCUUUUGGCGAGAAAAUGAUGUAGUAUGGUUACAUCUUAACAAAGCAUAGGCGCUUGACCCAAUUUGCUAGUACACCUCGUAUGUAGAGCGUCAGUCACUUGGCAGGCGUUUGAGGGUUAGAGUGACCAGGUCAAGGUUCUUUGAUUUGAUACCGCUAAUUUUGUUUAAACAGUUGUUUUCAUUUAGCACCUCAGACCUUGCUGUAAAUCACACUCAAUCAUAAAUGUUCUCUUCUGUGUAUUGUAUUUUUCAGGAAAUUGACCCUAAAGCUGGUGGAGGCUGCACUAUGACUAUUGGACAGAUGGUCAGGAGUUUCUUGCUUAAGUUGGAAUGGUACGGAACCUUGUUUCCUCGCAUUCCUGUUCCCGUUCAAAAGGAUAUCGAGAUAAAGCUGCGGGGGAAAGGACUGUGCGAUGACCACAAACGUACCGCGCAAGACGGCUGGGGUGAGGCGGAGGAGUUUGCUCGGCGCGCUCGCGGUGAAAGCCCCCCAAAGAGUCGACAAGACGAAGAGGAAGAUCUUCAACGAAAAUCACGUCGAAGUCGAAGUCGAAGUCGAAGUCGCGAUCGUGAUCGUGAUCGUGAUCGCGAACGGGAAAAAAGACGAAGUCGAAGUCGCGAUCGACACAGUUCGCGAAGACGAAGCAAGGAACGCCGAAGUCACGAACGAAGACGCGAUGAAAGUAAAGAACGUGAUAGAAAAAAGAGACGGAGUCGGAGCCCGAGUAGGCGAAGUAGGGACGACGACAGAAAAAGAAGAAGCCGAAGUCGGGAUAGAAACCGAGAGAAGAGACGAAGUACUGAUCGCGAAGAAUCGCGAGGAAGAAGUAGUAAGGAAGAGAAAAGAAGCCGAGAAAGGUCGCGCAGCAGAUGAAAUACAUUCUAAACUUUUAAUCAAUAUAACUCAUAUGCCCCAUGCUACUGCCAUAUAUUUCCAAAUGUACAGAUCAUGGAAUACCUAAUGCAUGUUUUUAUACUUACUUCGUGGCUAUGUGUAAAUUGCUCCAGUGAUGUGCGCUUGUCGAUCAAAUAUAGUUUUUUUUUUCAUAACCAUCCCAUGGCUUAUAGGGUGUGGCUUUUUUGAGAGACAUCUCAAGAGGUUUGCAGUUGGCUCCUUACUGCUAGCUCACUUGAAAUUAACAGAGCCAAGCAGCAGUCGCGAACGCUAUUCGUGGAAGCGUUGAGAUUUUUGGUGCCUUUUUUUUACGUUUUAGUAUAGGAAAAACUGGCUCUCCGCCUUAUUUAAGUAAUAAUUAAAAACUUUUAUCAGCAGUAUAAUACCGUUUUCUUCGAACUAAGUCUAUUCGUAUUACUCUUUAACUUUUUAAACGACCGUUGUCUUCCGUAUACGUUCAUGGUAAGAAUGUAGGUGGUUUCAAACCUAGUCACAUCCAGGGGUGUUUUCAUUUUCAACCGUAAAGAUGAUCAGAAGAAAGAAAAGGAUCUUUUAGCUGGAUAUUGUUUGAAUUGACACCAGGUACUCCGGGCUAAAAUUCUAAGAAAUAUUUGUUAGACAGUGCAUCGAGUUUUAUUAAGGUUGUGGAAGUGAUGGAGGUAAUAAAUUUCGCAGUGAACUGCAUCGAAAUGAUUUCUUCCCUUCUUAACGAACUUACUCCCGUAACCGUUUUUAGAUGGCCCGAAUUUCAGAAUGUACUCAGUUUUACUCGCCUAUGGUGGAACCUAGUACCUCUUGCCGUAGAUAUCUUUAGAAACGUUUUUACAGGACUACGACGUUAGUGGUGUUUAAUUGUGUGCAUAACUCUGUUCAUUGAUAUCUGAUUAUGAUGAGAUAUACUUAGCGAAACUUG